AUGGCGGUAGCAUGACCCACCUCACCUUCCUUCCUCCUCUUGUUUUGUCCUGCUACUAGUUCAGAUUCUUCUCUUCCCCCCCUCUCAACAGCCACAGUUUUUCACACGCAAAAGCUCUCCAGUAGUUUCUAGAAACCCGUGGAUGCCAUCGGAAGGCACGUCGAGACCACGGGCGCGGGCGGGCUCGACAGCGACGCGCUCCCUCCCCUCCUCCUCUUCCUCGUAGCCGGCCCCGCCGCGCGCUUGAUGCUCGCCGUGUGCGCGCGGCACGGGCCCGCCAAGCUCCCGCCGCCACCGCUCGCGGGCGAACGGGUCGCCUGGGUAUCCGGCAGGUGGUGGUGGUGGCGCCCCGCGGCGGCGCGGCGCGGCGUCGCCGUGCGGGCGCCGUCCUUCAAUUCCCGGAUCGGGCUCGAUUCCCAGAAUUCUAACACAAGGGACUUGUCCCAGCUGCUGUGGGUCGGUCCUGUCCCGGGCGACAUCGCGGAGAUUGAGGCGUACUGCCGCAUAUUCCGUGCGGCAGAGCAGCUCCAAAAUGCGGUCAUGUCGGCGCUCUGCGAUCCAGAGACAGGCGAGUGCCCUGUGCGGUACGAUGUGCCAUCGGAGGACCUGCCAGUGCUGGAGGACAAGGUUGCUGCCGUGCUUGGCUGCAUGCUGGCAUUGCUGAACCGGGGAAGGACAGAGGUGCUCUCAGGGCGGUCAGGUGUUGCGAGCGCGUUCCAGGGAUCUGAGCACAGCACAAUGGAUCGAAUUCCGCCGCUCGCUUUGUUCCGCGGAGAUAUGAAGCGGUGCUGUGAGAGCAUGCAGGUUGCUCUUGCUAGCUACCUUGUACCGAAUGAGGCCCGGGGAUUGGAUAUAUGGAUGCGGCUUCAGAGGUUGAAGAAUGCCUGUUAUGAUGCGGGUUUCGCGAGGGCUGAUGGUCAUCCAUGUCCAACAUUAUUUGCAAAUUUGUUUCCGGUGUACUUUUCAACUGUUCCAGAUGAUUCGGGGACAGAUGAGUUGGAAGUUGCAUUUUGGAGGGGAGGGCAAAUCAGUGAGGAGGGACUGGCAUGGUUGUUGGCUAAGGGAUUCAGAACUAUUGUCGAUCUCCGGGAGGAAGAUGUUAAAGAUGAUUUAUACCUUUCAGCAGUCCAGGAAGCUGUUUCAUCUGGAAAGGUAGAGGUGGUCAACAUGCCAGUGGAGAUUGGGACUGCUCCUUCAGCUGAACAGGUCCAGCAAUUCGCGGCACUUGUGUCAGAUGGUGCAAAGAAACCUAUUUAUCUUCAUAGCAAGGAAGGAGUUGGUAGGACGUCUGCGAUGGUCUCCAGAUGGAAGCAGUAUGCCACUCGUGCAGAGAGAUUGGCUACCCAAAAUCGCUCACCAAAUGUAAACGGUAAGGCCCUGAAGAAACAUGGGGCAGAACAGCACACAAGCAGCCCAGGAUCCUCCUCAAAUGGAAGUGAAAACGGUGUGCUAGUGGAGUCUGAUAGAACAGUUGAUGCUGGGGAAGAACGUGACAUAGACAUAGAAAUCGCACGUAAUAAUCUGGAAGUCACGAAUUCCCUUCCCAAUGAAGGCGAACUGCAUGGCACCAGGGCAGAACUUCUUUCAGAUUUUAAACUGAAGACUAAUCCCCUUGCAGCACAGUUUCCUUCUUGCAAUGUUUUCUCUAGAAAGGAGAUGACUAAAUUUUUUAGAAGCAAAAGAGUUUAUCCAAAAUCUGUUCUCAAUUCUCGUAGACGAUCAAGUAGCUUGAUGAUCUCGAGGAGAAAACAAAACCUCAGAGCUGAACAGAAUGAAGCCAUUGAUUAUGAAGCUGCAGACAUGACGGUUCUGAAAAACUCAAAUGGGACACUAUUUGACAAUGAUUAUUUACUAUCAGUUUCUUCAGGUAUUACUAAUGGGAGACCUACCGACAAUGGGACCUCCAGUUCUGUUGAGGAAAAGGAAAGAUCGGCUUCAGUACUAACUAUUGAUCCUAGAACAUCUAAUGCGAGCAAUUCGAAUGGGAAUGCUCAGCAUGGAACAAAAAAAUCAUCUGAAAAGAAUGGUGCCCCUUAUCUUGAGGGAUACCCAUCAGAUCCCGUUGAUGGAAGUAUGUGUGCCUCUGCAACUGGUGUUGUCAGAGUUCAGUCAAGAAGAAAAGCAGAGAUGUUUCUGGUACGUACAGAUGGAUUCUCUUGUACUAGAGAAAAGGUAACAGAAUCAUCUUUGGCUUUCACUCAUCCUAGCACCCAGCAACAGAUGCUUAUGUGGAAAUCUCCUCCAAAGACUGUCCUUCUAUUGAAGAAAUUAGGUGAUGAACUCAUGGAAGAGGCUAAAGAGGUCGCUUCAUUUCUGCAUCAUCAAGAAAAGAUGAAUGUUCUUGUGGAGCCUGAUGUUCAUGAUAUAUUUGCAAGGAUUCCCGGUUUUGGUUUUGUGCAAACCUUCUAUACUCAAGAUACCAGUGACCUUCAUGAGAGAGUUGAUUUUGUCACAUGCUUGGGUGGUGAUGGGGUCAUAUUGCACGCAUCAAACUUAUUUAGGACUUCUGUACCACCUGUUGUCUCAUUCAAUCUUGGAUCUCUAGGAUUCUUGACCUCACAUAAUUUUGAAGGUUUCAGACAAGACAUGAGAGCUGUUAUCCAUGGGAACAACACGCUUGGAGUUUAUAUAACCCUUAGAAUGCGCUUACGCUGUGUGAUCUUUCGCAAUGGAAAAGCGAUGCCUGGAAAAGUGUUUGAUGUGCUAAAUGAAGUUGUGGUUGAUCGGGGUUCUAAUCCAUACCUUUCAAAAAUUGAAUGCUAUGAGCAUAACCACCUUAUCACUAAGGUUCAAGGAGAUGGUGUCAUAGUAGCAACACCAACUGGCAGCACAGCGUAUUCUACUGCAGCAGGGGGCUCAAUGGUCCACCCAAACGUCCCAUGUAUGUUGUUCACUCCGAUCUGCCCGCACUCCCUGUCAUUUAGACCUGUCAUCCUUCCUGAUUCCGCACGGCUUGAAUUGAAGAUCCCAGACGACGCGAGAAGCAAUGCAUGGGUUUCGUUCGAUGGCAAAAGGCGUCAGCAGCUGUCGCGAGGAGACUCUGUUCAUAUAUGCAUGAGCCAGCACCCGCUCCCGACCGUCAACAAGUCCGACCAGACCGGUGACUGGUUCCGCAGCUUGAUCAGGUGCCUGAACUGGAACGAGAGGCUGGACCAGAAGGCGCUCUAGACACCCCACCCCACCCACAUACACACACUAGAACCCUACUAGUCUUCUGCCCCUGUACAUACUACAUACUAGCUCUUUUUACGUAGAUAAUCUCGUCUUUUGGGUGGGCGAGAAGAUAGAUAUUCUUUUUCUGGUCAUGCAGUCCUUGUAGCAUCUGCAACACCACAGGUGACACCUGGCUUGUUGAUCUGACAGCAGAUGACGAUGCGAUUGAUACCUUUGUAAUUAUCCACCCUGUAAAUCAACAGCAUAUAGCCCCUUAUUUCUGGGCCUGGCAAAAGAUGACAUGCAAUGAAUCACCCUGAAGUUUUAAUCUCUUA